AUGUCAGACUACCAGUCGGGCCUCAGUACUGGAAAUUCAGGCACAUCAAGCACGCUUAGUAACUGUUGCAUCGACGCCAAUUCAGAGUACAGAAUUCACAACUGUGAUCGUAACGUCUUACCUACUUUCAAACGAUUGUCCACACAUAAGCAUACAAAUCGACUUGUUCGGAAAUUAGCACUGCACUUAGCAGUAGCGUACUUACCACGAUCUCCAAAACAACGUGACGGGUACUUCGCGACGGGGAACCGCUUAAUCCAGAUGGAGGGGAGUCAGCAGUGUUUGAAUGCACUCAAUCCGCAUUCGGAUGCUGUUGCGAACAACAUGUCUCCCUUUACCGAUCGAGAAACGGUUCUUGUGCCAACGUCAGAACCCCUACCGGACGCAGAUAUUGUGGAUCGUGGUGUUCCUUUUUGUCCCAACUUUAUGUCUCAGGUGGGUAAGCAACAGCAAAUACCUGAAGGGACUGUGAUUAUCGACGGCAAGACGUACAGCGUGUCGGAAUUGCUCUCAGUGAUUACUCAAUUAAAGCAUGAAGCGCACAUUUAUGCGGAUAGGAUAACUCGGCUUGAGCAAGAGCUGCAGCAAGCCAAAGUACUACUUGCUUCGCGCGAUCGUGAUAUUCAUAAACUAAGAUCUGUUUUGGACCUAAAGGUCCCCACCACGGCCAAUCACCUUCAUCUGGAAUCCAAGCUUGACACUGUGGAUGAGACAGCUGCAGUCGGUUUCGCUUCUGAAACACUGCAUGGGAAAAGCCUACUCCAGCAAGCAGAGGCACACAGAGUGAAGAAGCAAGGUGUCUCCGGAGAGAGUCAAACAGCUCAACGGACAUUUGGAUUGAUACAUCAUCCAAAAGAUGCAAGGUCUUGCCAAAUAAUCCGCGAAGCCAUCCUUAACAACGAUUUCUUGCGACACUUAGAUGAGGCCCAGGUGGAAGAGAUUGUCCAAUGUAUGUACAGAAAGGAAAUUGCCCAAGGCGCCUACAUAAUACGUGAAGGCCAAACCGGAGAUGCGCUUUACGUAGUUGCAGAUGGAGUUUUGGAAGUGUCCAAAGACGACCAGCUCCUCGGCCACAUGGAUGUCGGGAGGGCGUUCGGUGAACUUGCCCUCCUCUACAACUGCAAUCGCACGGCAUCAGUCAAAGCUGUGACCAUGGCUUCUGCAUGGACGCUGGACCGACGGGUGUUUCAGCAGAUCAUGAUGUCAUCGAGCUUGAAUCGACAUGAAGAAAAUUUUCGUUUUCUUCAAAGCGUCCCCGCACUCAAGAGUUUGUCAAUCACGAAAAUGCACAAACUUGCUGAUGUGCUAGAAGAGAUUUACUACGGACCAGACGAGUAUAUUAUACGUGAGGGAGAAAUUGGUGAAACUUUCUUUAUUAUCAAAGCCGGUCGAGUGAGUCAUUUAAUAAUGAUUUUCAAGUGUUAUCCGAUGAUGGUUGAUGAAUUUUCAGUAUUUUUUAACCACAUUCGUAAUUUCACAAGUUGA